AUGAUCCCUCGCCAUAAAGCUAUCAAAAAGCAUCGCUGGACUUUGCGAAAAGAGAAAAUAUCGCUGCAUAAGCGGCCAAUCCUGAAUGACAACGAUGUCCAGAAGCUCACCCGUCUCAUGGAGGAGAAGUACCAAUGGGAGCCUCGUCCUUUCCAAGUUGCAGGUGUGCAGGCACAGCUAGAAGGAGUCGACAUGAUCAUCCAGGCACCCACAGGAGCAGGGAAGACUGCUAUAGUUGCAGGUGCACACCUAUGGCCUCACGACGAAGCGAAGGUUACCAUUAUGGUCUCGCCACUUCUGUCACUCGAAGACGAGAUGGUAAAAACAUUCAAGGACCAAUUCAACCUGAACGCAGUCGCUGUCAGCAGCCAGAAUGGGUCAUGCUCACCUACAAUCGUCAGGGACAUUCUUGCCCUCAAAUACCAAAUCAUCCUUGCGUCCCCGGAAAUGCUACAGUCGAGAACAUUCAUCAACCGGGUACUGCGGAACUCGAAGUUUACGAAGCACAUACUGUCUAUGGUCAUUGACGAAGCUCAUUGCGUCUCGCACUGGGGCGCAGACUUCCGUAAGAAGUAUGCUUCGCUUGGUGUCAUCCGCGCCUUCCUUCCGCGCGGCGUUCCUGUCAUCGCUGUGACAGCAACGCUGACAGCACGCGUGCGACGAGACAUACAUAGCAAAUUACACUUUCCUAAGGGUGGCAGUCGCUUCUUCAAUGCGGGCAACGGUCGUCCCAAUGUGGCCCUUGUUGUACGCGCCGCAGAGCACCCUCUAAACACCUACGAGGACCUCGACUUCGUCUUGCCACAGUCAAUCACCUCUCCUGAUCAGAUCCCGAAGACAUGGAUCUAUGUCGAUAAUAUCAACACGGGCACAGAGAUCAUUGACUACCUGACCAACCAACUCGAAAAGCGCACUGCAGACCAUCCAAAUGGGCCCUUGUCAGCCGACGUUAUUCGUCCAUUCAAUGCGACAUUGUCAGCUGACUAUCGUACGGCUGCCAUGGAGGCUUUCCGAAAGGGAACCGUUCGUGUACUUGUGUGUACUGAAGCCGCAGGAAUGGGAUGUGACAUACCGGAUAUAGACAUUGUCGUCCAAUGGAAGCUCCCUGCAACUUUCUCGAACUUCAUCCAACGUGCUGGUCGGGCGGCGCGUGGUCGUGGUCGGGAAGGACUUGCCAUCCUCAUCGUGGAGCGUUCCGCAUAUGCGCUCAAUCUUACUCUCGACGAGCCAUCAUCAAAUGGUCUGAACCAAGCUCCGCGACUUUCGGAUGCUGCACUGCCUGCACAACGUUCCAACAAAGCACCGGCGCGGAGGGGCAAGCCAGUGAUCAGAGGCAGGAAGAAGAAGACUUCAACACAGGCGAAAGCAAACAAAGAGUAUGCAGAUGCACACGGUAUCAAUCGUGGCGGCACGUCUCGUAAGGAUGGUGUCCCAGCCAGCAAGCAACCAUGCUUGGACCCAGAUGCCCUUGACGAAGGGCUCCUGGCCUUUGUGCAGAGUACGACUUGUCGUCGACGUGUAUGGGCAGAUGCGUUUGAAAGCCCCUUCAGUGCGCCUACCGGUGCACUGGCAUGCUGCGACAUAUGUCAUCCUGGACUACUUGAUCGUACACGUCCUGGGCCCGGCACCCAAACCGCACGGACCAAGCGUGUCAUCCGUGGCCUCCAAGAUGUCGAGGCUCAAUCGGCGCUGUAUCAGUGGCGAGACGACGUGUACGAGCGCGACCACGCAUACGCUCUGUACGACUCGACAGCCAUUCUGGAUGACGCCAUGGUCGACCGCCUCACAACGACAGGCAACUUGGCCCGCGAUGUCCUCGUGUCGAUGUUGAAGCCGUCAUGGAUAUGGUGGGAUAAGUAUGGCACCGAAUUAAUCACUCACAUCGCGACACUCGAUAUCACCUUCACACCCAAGCCCAAGAAGCCAUCGAAGGGCAAGCAUCCCCGAGUAUCGCCGGCAUCUGCUCCUGGGCCACCGGCUACCAAGGGGGCACCCGCUCUGCCUUCGGAGCUCGCAGUUGAUGCGCGCCAAUUGCAAGACGCGGCGGCGGCGGACGCCCAAUGUACGGCGCAACAGCUCGCCGCACUCGACGUGCAAACUGGUGUCCACGACACCCGACCUAAACAGAACAAACGUCGCGCCGAAAUCAGCGGUGAAGGCUCAUCCGAGCUUGGGAAUGACACCCGAAGUCCAGCACCAGAUCAUCGCGGUGACGACUUCGACACGUCGAGUAGACCUGGCAGGCCUACGAAACGUGCACGGAAGUGUACAGUGCAGGAUGGUGACGCACAGCAAAACCCAGCCUCCACCAGCUCGGUGCCAUACCCCAAUCCACGGCCUGUAGAAGCUCUGCCUUCCGCUGGUGGACCAGGGAUCACAUCCUAUGAAUCGUUCUGGGGAUCGUUUGCAUCCCGCGCCGAGGCGCGUCCGCGGUGAGGUUUGCUCUCGUAGUACAGCUUAUUGUGGUCCAUAAGGGUUGCCAUAUGUUGUAGCAAAUUGCGCAGGGAGUUAAAGUGUAUGCAUAUCGAACUAUGUGAUAGAUGAG